GUAAAAAUUAACUGUCAUUUUUGUGGUUUUAUUGCAAGGAGGGUUCUCUGGAAAGCAGAAAGUGUGUGGAGAGGCAAGCCUGUUUAAUCCCAGAAAAUUUUUCAUCUUCAUUAUCGCAAUAACAAGACUCUACAGAUGCCCAACAUAAAGAAGAGGCAAGCGGUGUCUAAGAAUGAUGAACCGCAGACAAAAAAAGCGCGUUUACCAAAGGCAAAAGAGCUGGAUCUUCCUGUGCCACAGCGUCCCAAAGCAGAGGGCAAUGUGCUAUCUUGCGGUAUGAAUGAGGUAGGGCAAUUAGGCUUGGGUGAGGAUGUGUCACAGAAAACGCGUCCAAGCGUCUUGAGUGACCUAAAAAAUGUAGUUGAUAUCCGGGCUGGCGGAAUGCACUCACUCUGCCUCACAUCCAAUGGAGAAGUCUGGUCUUUUGGAUGUAAUGACGAGGGUGCUCUGGGUAGAGAUACGUCAGAGGAGGGUGCAGAAUUUACAGCUGGGAAGGUUGAUUUGAGAGGUGUUUGUGUGAAAAUCUCCGCUGGAGAUUCUCAUUCAGCAUGCCUUCUCGAAGAUGGCACAAUUUAUGCCUGGGGUUCCUUCCGGGAUUCUCAUGGAAAUAUGGGUCUCACAUUAGAGGGCAAUAAACGCAUUCCCGUAGCCCUUCUUCCGGACGUCAAGGUUGUUGAUAUUGCCUCGGGUGCCGAUCAUCUUGUGAUCCUCUCAGCCCAAGGGAAGUUAUACACUGUUGGAUGUGGGGAACAAGGACAACUUGGCAGAGUGACAUUCAGGUCAGCUUCAGGUGAUUCCCGUCGUGGAAAAAGUGAAUUGCUAAAGCCAGAAAUUGUUCCCACGCGCAAGAGUCGCUUCAUUGAUGGCAUCUGGGCCACAAAUUUCUGCACAUUCUACCGUGAUCAUGCAACACAGAAAAUUUUUGGGUUCGGUUUGAACAAUCACAAUCAAUUGGCAUUGCCGGGGAAAGAUAGGGACAAGACACUUCUCUUUAGGCCAAGUCUAACAGAAAUGAAGGAAGUGAAGACAAUUGAUGGUGGCCAAAAUCAUACACUGGUUCUCACUCAAGAUAAUCAGUGUUAUGUCGUUGGACGAAAAGAGUACGGACGAUUGGGAUUGGGUGAAGAUUCAGAAGAUGCCACUGCAUUGACACGCAUCUCAAAUUUGGGAAAAUACUCCAUUGAAAGCAUCGGAUGUGGGGACAAUCAAAGUUUUGCUGUCACUUCACACGGAACAGUAUUUGCCUGGGGAAUGGGCGAUUGUUAUCAGUUAGGCCUGGGUUCUGAUGAGGAUUCAGCUCUGCCUACACAACUUACAGGAGCUCAAGUCAAUGGAAAGCGCGUCCUCAGAGCUGACGGUGGAGGCCAACACAGCCUCUUCCUCAUUCAGGAAUCCUCAGCAAAAGCCACCGAACCCAAGGAAAAAUCUGUCCCUGUCGAGAAACGCAAUGGCACGGGAGGAGAUGAUAAAUCCGGGAACAAUAGCAAAUAAUAGCCAAGAAGAAGCCAUUGAAGGUAAUUUUUCUAACUUAUUUUCGUUCUUUUUUUUUUGAUUUUUCUUUUGUUCAACAAACAGAUAUUUGUUUCAGCUGAAUUAUCAAUUCUGUUUGACUUUUUUUUGCCAUGAAAUAAAAUUAUUUCCAAUGUGAGAAAUAAAAAAAAA